GCAUAUCUGUACUUGACUUGUGUGAUUUUAGAUCAAAACUCCUAUACGUGGAGCGGAGAGGAGAAAUUAUUACAUGACAUUCAUUUAUAGAUGUUUGUUCUAAGUUUUGCCAUGAGUAUUUACUUCAUUCUCAGCAGAAAUGAAGACAUAUAAAGUUCACCUCAACAACAAGAAAAUAAAGAUUUUAAGAUUAGAUAAAGGAGGAGAGUAUGAAUCUUCUGCUUUUUCUGAAUUUUUAACAUUGCUUGAUGUUUGUGGCAUUUUGGGCGGUUGAAGUGGCCAAAAAUUUGGUCUUUGCUGGUGGGUUUUUGGUGUUUUGAGUUAAGCUCUUCGAAGUUUCAUAGUUGAGCUACAGCUCCAACCAUGGGAGGUCUCGUCUCUCCCACCGCUCAUCAUCUAUGGCGUCUUCUGCUCUCCUCCUCUCUGAGAAAGCGAAGGGAACCCAAUUCGGCACCAUAUUGAAGAAGGUUAGUUAAAGUUGGUAUUAAAAUCAAGUACAAGUUUUCAAAUUUUGGGCGUUGGGUGCUUCUACUGAUUAUGGCACUAGAAUUUAUUGGCGGAACACUGUUUACGCUGCUCUACGAUGGCGUUAAGCAAGCCAUGAGCAAGAGCGGCACCUUUAAAUCCCUUCUCGGAGAUCUCCAAUCCACCCUAGACUCUUUGGUAGCUAGAGACAUCCAACAAAUUGGAGAGCAUAACGUCGAAUUGGGUCUCCCAAAUGAGGAAAUCGAAGGUCUCAAAAUGCUAAUGGAGGAAGGUGUAAAGCUCGUUGAGAAGCUAUCGAACUUUCGCAUGUGGAACUACUGCUGCUUAAAUGAUUACAGUGAGCAGAUUGUUGAAUUGGAUAGGGCUCUGAAAAGAUUGUUGCAGAAAUUGAAGAUGCAAGAAGCAAGGGAUGUGAAGGAGGUGUUGGUUUUGGCAAGGCAAAACCGAGACAAGCUCGAUGAAGUGAAUAGAAGACUGUUGGAUAUACAGAAAUUGCUGCAGGAGAGAGCAGGGGAUGUCACGGAGAGCUCGGUUUCAGGAGGCAAUGCGGAGACGGUGCGGGAGCAAAGUCAAGGGAAUGGUGAGCAACAAGUGACGUCGUUCGAUGGAAGGACUUCUCUACAAGCAGUUUUUAUUGUGUUGUUUGAUGUGGUUAUAGAAGUGAAGGACAAGACUACGGUGUUUAAACCCCUCCUUGGAGAUCUCAAAUCCACACUAGACUCCUUAAAACCAUUGAUCGAAGAGAUUGCAAAACAUAACAAAAUAUUAGAUCGCCCAAAGGAGGAACUAGAAAAUUUUAGAAAUCAAAUGGAAAAGGGUGUAGAGCUCAUCCACAAGUGCUCCAAGGUUCGUUUGUGGUCCAGCUGCAAACAGUAUAAAUACAGGGACAAACUUAUGGGAUUGGAUGAAUCUCUUCAAAAACUGUUAAAUAUACUAAAAGUGCAGGUAGCAAGAGAUGUGAAGGAGACUUUGGUUUCAGUAAAAAAUAUAGAGGCAGUGAUCCAGAAAAUUGAAGGAAGUGGUCUGGUGCAAGAUCAAAUUCAAACUAAAGGUUGGGGUGCAUUACCUGAACCUUUAUCGCCUAGAGUUGGAUUGGAUUUAGUGAACGUGCAGGGAACAAGGGAUGUGAAAGAGACAUUGGUUUCAGCUAGGAAUACAAAGGCGGUUGUUGAUAAAAUUGAAGGGAGUGGCGUGGUACAAAAUCAAAGGGCAUCCGAAAAUCAUAGCAGGAAUAUAGAUUCAAAUGUUAGCAGGAGCAGAGGGAGUGAAUUUUCGGAGGCAAUAACCCGACGAAUGGACAAGUCACAGAGUGAUGGGAAAAUUUUGGAGACAUCCAACUUAAGAAUUUUCAGUUUUUCAGAGUUGAAGGCUGGUACUAGGAAUUUCAGCCGAGACACAAUGGUUGGUGAGGGAGAAUAUGGGCGGAUUUUCAAAGGUUGGGUGUAUGAGAAGACACUUGCACCUUCUAAGGCUGGUAGUUGGAAUUUCGGGGCAGCCAGAAUGGGUGGUGAGGGAGAACCUGGGCCCGUUUUCAGUGGUUGGAUGGAUAAGGUUGGCAUUGGAUCACCUGUUGCUAUCCAGAAAUUGAACCCAGGAGGUGCAAAAGGUUUUCAAGAUUGGCAGUCGGUGGUGAACUUCUUAGGGAAGCUUUCUCAUCCCAGCCUUGUCAAGCUAUUAGGAUACUGUUGGGAGGAAAAUGAUCUACUCCUUGUUUAUGAGUUCAUGCCAAGAGGAAGCUUGGAGAAUUACAUUUUCAGAAGUACGAAAUCAAUGAUGAAAACAGGGAGAUCUAGGACUGAACCACUAUCUUGGGACAGCAGACUCAAAAUAGCUAUUGGAGCAGCUCGAGGCUUAGCUUUCUUACACACUUCAGAAGUACAAAUCAUAUACAGAGAUUUCAAAACCUCAAAUAUAUUGCUUGAUGAGAAUUAUAACGCAAGAAUCUCAGGUUUUGGCGUGGCAGAAUUGGGGCCAAUUUUUGUAGAGUCGCAUGUGUCAACUAGGAUUGUGGGCACAUAUGCUUAUGCUGCGCCAGAGUAUUUUGGAACAGGUCAUGUUACCACGAAGAGUAACGUGUAUUGCUUCGGUGUUGUGCUGCUUGAAAUUCUGACUGGAUUCCGGGCACUUGAUAGGUGUCGCCCCAUUGAACAGCAGAAUCUGGUCGAAUGGGCUAAACCACUUUUGUCUCAUGAAACAAAGUUGAAAACCAUCAUGGAUCCAGGGAUUGAGGGACAAUGUUCCUUAAAGGCAGCAUUACAGACAGCACAGAUUAUUCUAAAAUGCCUAAAACUAGAUCCUAAAAGCCGACCUUCCAUGAAAGAAGUUGUGGAAGCAUUGGAACAUGUUCAGGAAAUUAAGGAAUAACCCUAGCAAUCCCUCCAAAGUGCUAAGACUGGAUCUACAGAUAUUAUGUAUGUACAGAUAUUGAACAGUCGUCUUCUUUUUAGUUCUUUUUUCCAUGUUAAAUUUUUAUAUUUUGGGCAGCAACUGUUGGAAUUCGUAACAAAUUAUUUUCUUGUAGUCACCAUUUGUGCUGAAUUGGAGGAUUGUUUCCUAAACC